AUUUCUAAUUUAAUUCUAACUUAGUGAUCCCUCUGAUAGUGAUUCUAACUCUAAUUCUCAAAAAGUAGUUUUAAUUUUAAUAAUAAAUAACUCACUUAUUUUCAAAAUUAUCGUAACUUAUUGAGCAUAAAACUGUUCAAAUUCAAAAAAUAGUAGAAGCAAGAUAGUGUCGUCGCAACUCUUCGCUAUGCAAAUUUAUUCGAACAUAAUUAGAAUUAGAUAAGGGUAUAGCCAGAAUGUAUUCAGAAUGAUUACCACAAAACAACAUAACGUUACGACGUAACCUGUAAAAGAUUGAAAACAACGUGAUUCUCUGGUCAAUUAUUCAAAAUUGUCUCCAACCCAGCUUGAUUCGCUAGUGACGUCACCUUAGUUUGGCUACAAAACGUAAGAAGUAUCAAGAGUAGCAUAAAAGCCAUAUAGUAAAGGAAAGAAAACUUAAUAUCCGAAGUGUAGUAUGACAUCAUCUAGGGUUACGUCGCGUUCCACCGAGGCCAUCGAGAUGUAGCCGCCGCUCCACUCCUCGAGCUGCCCGCUGCAGUAUUGAAACAGCACUCGGUGUGCACGAACGUUUUUAUUAAAAUUGUGAUUAAAAUUUAUAAUCUUUAACAACAAUCAUGGCUAAUGUCAUGGAUGUGGCAACAGAUGACAACCUUCAAUACCAAUUCUUCCCCGUUUCAAGUGGAUCAGUUCAGUUCAAAGUCAGAGCAGCGAAUGAUGCCCACAUCGCGCUCACGACAGGCCCGCAAGAAUCGGAUCCUAUGUAUGAGGUGAUGAUUGGAGGCUGGGGAAACGCUAAGAGCGUCAUCAGGAAAAAUAGAACCAAGCCCGAUAAGGUUGAAAUUGAAAGCCCCGGAAUUCUUAACGGAGGGGAAUAUCGUGGUUUUUGGGUUCGUUGGGAUAGCGGCAUUAUCUCCGCUGGACGCGAGGGUGAAGCUAUUCCAUUCAUAUCUUGGUCUGAUCCCGAACCUUUCCCAGUUUACUACGUCGGAGUCUGCACAGGCUGGGGUGCCACAGGCUCCUGGAAAAUCGAAGAUGGAGCGGAAUUCGAUACUCCGGACAGGUUAGAGUAUAAGUUUGGACCUGUCGCCUCUGGUUCUUUGGAAUUCGAUUACCGCGGACCGCACAACUGCCAUGUUUCCCUCACAACUCAUCCCGCAGAAGUAGAUCCAAUGUAUGAAAUAAUCAUCGGCGGUUGGGAGAACACACAAUCUGUCAUUCGUUAUUGCAGGCAGAAACCCGACAAGGUGACGAUCCCGACACCCGGAAUCAUGAACCCUAAUGAAUUUAAGAAGUUCUUGAUUGAAUGGAGAUGCGGCAGAUUGUUGGUGCGUGACAGGAUGUCGGGGACGGUCCUCAUGGAGUGGGUCGACCCUGCACCCUUUCCCGUAACGCACUUCGGCGUGCGCACUGGAUAUGGGGCCCGCGGUCAAUGGCGCAUUACGCAUUUCGGCAGAACGGGCGCACAGCCACUGCCACCGACUGCACCUGUAGCAGCUGCAUUGUACGCAGCCCCCCCUGGCUACCCUGGAGGCUACGGAGGAAACGUACCCCCUCCGUCUGGAGGAGCCGGUAUAUGGGUUGAUGUUUCAGGAGGUCAAGUACCUCCUGGCGCCGUUGUGGGAGGACAGGACUGCUCAGGAGAACCUCUGUAUGUGGCUCGUGCUGUUCACGAAGGUGCCACGAUCCCUGGUAAACUCGUUCCUUCUCAUGGUUGCGCUUACGUUCCAUGGGGUGGUAUUGAACAUGGAAAGCCUCAAUACCAGAUCUUAGUAGGCGGCCCAAACAACUGGGUUCCUACCAGUGGAUCCAACGUCCCGCCAGGUGCAUUCCCCGGUGGAGAAACUGAAGAUGGAGAACCUUUAUACAUUGGCCGUGUCCGCCACGAAGGUAGCCUCACCACCGGCAAGGUUCAACAGUCUCACGGCGUCUGCUACAUUUCGUUUGGUGGACAGGAGCUUGGAUUCCCGGACUACGAAGUCCUCAUGCCCUAAUUAUUAUCACUCAGCAGAGUCAGGGACGGCUUAUAUUAGAUUGCACCAAAAGUACACAAAGUAAUUGUUUAUUUCGAAUGAUGUAUUCAUGAUAAUACAUGUUUCAUACCGGCUCUUUUGAUUUGCAGCAAAAAAAAGCAGAUGGUGGAUUAUUUUCAUGACUAUUCUUCAAUUUAACUUUGAAGUUUUUUCACAACGCACUAUAUUAGAUAAAUAAAUGCCAGACUAAGUCCGUCCCUGCGCAAUAUGAAUCUCCUAAUAACACGCAAUGUAGAAUUUGCUUAAUGAAAUAGAUAUGGUGCAUCAUGCAUCGUUAUCGCGGAAAAAAUAUAUAAAUUUAAUAAUGCCUGUGUAUGAAUCACGCGCAUUGCAUGCAUAUUGCGUUUCUGUUGUAAUACGUAUACUUAAUAAGUUUUUAUAAGUUACAAAUUUGUUAAAUUAUUAAAAUAUACACUAUGUACGCCAACAAGGCUUGUUUGUUUCCGUAAAUCAGCGUCGUAUCAAUUCCUAAAUCAUUGAAAUUGUUUUGAUAUAAUUUUUAGUAAGAAUAAUGAUUAUUAUAAAGAAAGCGAAACGAUAGAUUGGCAGCUAUAUAUCCAAUUCGAAAGGUGCCUUUAAAUGAUGUAAUUUAUAUCAUAUAAUAUCUUUCAGUGCAAAAUGAUUUUCGUAUUUCCGAUACAAACGUUAUGUAUACAUUGUCUAAGUAGGUACAUAAUACUAUAGUUGUGGCUACAUGUAAAAUUACUGAUAGCAAUCUGUGCUUUAUAUACAGUAAUCUGUAUACAGUAAUCUAACUCUGAGUAAAAAACUACGCGCCAUUAUUAAAAAUCCAA